AUAUCAAGCGAAAAACCGUUCAACGUUAAUGUACGCCACAGCCAUACUAGUAUCCGUGGUAGGCUUCACAUACGCCUCAGUCCCUCUAUAUCGUAUGUUUUGUCAAGCCACCGGUUUCAGUGGUACACCAAACACCAGCGACACCUCCAGAUUCAGCGCUGACCGACUUAUACCCGCAGAAAAUUCACGUCGGAUAAAAGUAACAUUUAAUGCAGACACUUCGGUCGCAUUACAAUGGCAAUUCAUUCCGCAACAACGUGAAGUUCGGGUGCUGCCUGGCGAGACAGCACUAGCAUUUUAUACGGCAAAAAAUCUUUCGGAUCAAGAUAUUAUCGGAAUAGCCACGUAUAAUGUCACACCUAUGCAAGUCGGACAAUACUUUAACAAGAUACAAUGUUUUUGUUUUGAGGAACAGAAAUUGCGAGCUGGGGAACAAGUCGAUAUGCCGGUGUUCUUCUUUUUGGACCCGGAAUUUGCUAAUGAUCCGUUAAUGAGAGAUGUGGACACAGUUACUUUAUCAUACACGUUUUUUAAGGCACGUUACGAUAAUAAUGGAAAGCUUGAACCAACACCUGUAGCAAGGUGA